ACAUAAAAAUUUCCGAUCCAAAUUUCCAAUUCCUUUCUCAAAUUCUGAUGUCGUUUUGCCGCUGGAUUUGCUAAUAUUGAAGGCAUUGUGUUUGCUUGUCCUCUCCAUACGCACAUUUUCUGUUUGACAAAAUUCGUCGAUGAAAAUCAUAUUCAAUUGAAUGAAAAUGCUGAGGCAAUACGGGAGAAGCAUCAUAUUCUGAUUUGCACGACGUCGUUUUCCAUCUGAAUUUGAUAAAAACUGAGAGCUCUGUGUUUACUUAUUUAUUAUGCUAUCUGUUUGAUAAAAUUCCUCAAUGAGAAUCGUACUCAAUUGAGUGAAAAUGCUGGGACAAUACGUGAAGAAGAAUCAUACUCUACUUAAUGGCUGUCGUGUUUUCUUUAUUCCUUACAGGAAGAUGCAUAGUGGAAAAAAGAUGGCAAUGGAAUUCACAGGUUUGCUGUUUAAUAAUACCAGUGUUAUACCUGAUCAUAGAGCUGUCUACCCAGUUUGGCGAUUUUGUCGAUUAAUAGAAAGAUGGCAGCUUAGUCAUUCAUUUUGCACAAAUAAUCAAAAUGUGAAGUCAGUAUUAGACUCUCAGGAUGUAAUAUCUAGUGUAGAGAAUGGCGAGUUAGACUGCGGUGAUGCCAGUGUUGUCAAGGGGGAAAAUAUUUUGGAUGAAAAAUCGAUUGACUUUACCAAAAUCAGCAGUAGUUUGCUUCCAACUGUCAUUCUCGUUGGGCGCCCGAAUGUGGGAAAAUCAGCACUUUUCAAUCGGUUGAUUCGGAGGAGGGAGGCUCUUGUAUACAAUACGCCAGAUGAUCAUGUUACUCGAGACAUCAGAGAAGGCAUUGCUAAAUUGGGUGAUCUCCGGUUUCGUGUGUUGGACUCAGCUGGUUUAGAAACAGAAGCAACUUCAGGGUCUAUUUUGCAAAGAACAGCGAGCAUGACUGCAAAUGUGCUUGCCAGGACUCACUUUGCAGUUUUCCUGAUAGAUGUUAGAGCUGGACUACACCCAUUAGAUAAGGAGGUCGGAAAGUGGUUGCGUAAAAAUGCUCCCGGAAUUACUCCUAUAGUAGCAAUGAAUAAAUCUGAAUCACUUUGUGAUGGUACUGGAUCUAUUAUUGAGGCGGCAGAUGAAGCACGUACGCUAGGAUUUGGGGACCCUAUUGCCAUAGCUGCUGAGACAGGGCUGGGUAUGACAACACUGUAUGAUUCCCUUCGGCCUUUGCUUGUGGACUAUAUGCUCAAAGUCCUUAAGAAUAAUUGUAACCAACACAAUAACAAUGACUCUAGUCAUGCUGAUGGCUCAAGUGAAGUUGAGGAAUCUAAGUUGCCAUUGCAGUUGGCUAUUGUAGGGCGGCCAAAUGUUGGAAAGUCAACCUUGCUAAAUACUUUGUUACAAGAAGAACGUGUGCUGGUAGGCCCAGAGGUCGGUCUGACUCGAGAUGCUAUUAGAGCUCAGUUUGAUUUUCAAGGAAGAACUGUAUAUCUGGUAGACACUGCAGGUUGGUUGCAUAGGACAGGGAAAGAUAAAGGACCAUCAUCCUUGAGCAUAAUGCAAUCAAGAAAAAAUCUGAUGAGAGCUCAUGUGGUUGCAUUGGUACUUGAUGCAGAAGAGAUCGCAAAUGCCAGACGUAGUAUGACACAUUCUGAAGUAGUUAUAGCAAGACGGGCUGUGGAAGAAGGACGUGGGCUUAUUGUCAUUGUGAACAAAAUGGAUCUUUUGCGAGGAAAGCAAAAUUUGAAGUUAUUUGAGAAGGUUAUGGAAGCUGUUCCUUUAGAAGUUCAGACAGUACUACCGCAGGUUUCAGGUAUACCAGUUAUAUUUAUUUCAGCAUUGGAGGGUAAGGGCCGGAUUGCUGUCAUGCAUCAGGUCAUUGAUACAUAUGAAAAAUGGUGCUCGAGAUUAUCCACGGCUCGGCUGAACCGUUGGUUGCGCAAGGUUAUGGGCAGGCAUUCCUGGAAAGAUCAGGCGGCGCAACCCAAGAUCAAGUACUUCACCCAGGUGAAGGCCCGUCCACCAACUUUUGUUGCCUUCACAAGUGGAAAGACUCGGCUUUCAGAUACAGACCUGAGGUUCUUAACAAAGUCUUUAAAGGAAGACUUUAAUUUGGGCGGCAUUCCCAUCCGGAUCAUGCAGCGCGCCGUUCCUCAAAAAAUCCCAGUGAGUAGGAGCAAGAGCAGUCAUUCCACCGGCAAGAUGGCUGAAAGUAUUGUUUCUGACAAGAAGCACAUUACCGUGUGACGCACAAACUUCGCUUACAUGCUCGCUAUAGAUUGUUUUCUUUGAUGUAAAAAGCUUGGUAGUUCUAGAAUGAAUUAUGCAAGUUUCUCAAGAUACAGAUGUGGCUUGCUCAUAUGUUGUAAGAUUCAAUAGCUUCUAAGGUAUGUUAAGAUUGUGGGCCACACUUAUAUGGGUUUUAUUUUGAGGAAA